ACCUCCCAUCCCCGUUCUCUCAGCACUCCCCGACUCCAUCCAUCGUUCUCGGUUCCAGGAAGAGGACAAGCGCCAUGGGAAAGAAUACUGAGGAACCCGUACGCUCUUCCUCCUAUUUUGUUUUGUGUGGCAAUUUUGGGGGGUGAGAUGGUUUUGGAUGUUACACACUACAUACCCUUCGACCUUUCUCUAGCGACUCUCCAGGUCAUCAUCACCACGCACGUCGCAUACGCAGCGUGUGUAGUCUUGGGUGGUGUAUUAUUGCAGACUGCACCUGCAGCAUCGUUCACAAUGAGUGCUGGCAGCGUGGGUGGUAUGGGCACGAAAGGCAUGGGUAUAAGUUCAAGAGGCACAAACACGCCAGAAUCCAAAAUGGAGUCCUUUUGGCGCGUCGUCCGCGAAAUUGAGCGACAUGAACACGUCACGAGUCUUCCUGCUCCGCAUGUGUGGCAGGUGGGUCCGCUUGGACGAGGGGAGAUGAGGUCUUCUGGGUUAGGGUCUGCAUCUGCGUCACAGUCUGCGCCAGGGUCCUCCUUUUCGUCGGUAUUCCCGUCUGCGCCACGAUCCACUCUCUCACCCUCUGACUCCUCAUCGCCCUUUUCCAAUGUACCGAGAGGGCCGGAACCGCAGUUGAUAGUUACACUCUCGCCACAUGUCCCGUCUUCGUUGUGCGAUGAAGAAGUCUUGAAGUUUACACGGUGGGCGUGUGAGAAGGUCAGGGGGGCGUUCGUGGGUGAUGGAACGAGGGGGGUUGGAGUGGAGGUUGAGGUUUGCGUGGGUGUUCUUAGGGGAUAGGUAGUACAUGGGGAAGGGGAGAUAUAGCGGACCUUCUUACGUUUACCUUUUCCGGCUACGCUGAAUACCCUUCUCGCUCUGACAGGUCAAGAAUCGCAAAGUAU